CAAAGUAGUCUGCAAUCAUGGCUUUUCACUCGGUACGAAGGAGCUGAAAACUAUAUAAACCCAACGAUCAAUCGUGCAGGCACCAACUCUACGCAGAGAAGACGCAUAUUCAUAAUUUUCAGAAAGAAGAAAGAAAAUUAAGCCACAUCCAAUGGACCCCAGUGCCUGCUCCUGUGCCUGCUCCAAAAAUGGAUCUUGCACCUGCGGUGGAAACUGCGACUGCACGACGUGCAACUGCAAGUCAUGCAAAAAAAGCUGCUGCCAUUGCUGCCCCCCCGGAUGCGUCAAAUGCGCCUCUGGCUGCGUGUGCAAGGGAAGCACGUGCGACGCGACCUGCUGCAAAUGAACGACAUGCUCCAUUUUUAACGCAUUGACACACGGAUGUCUCUAAUAAAUAUCUUGCAUUUGCAUUA